UGUUUCAUACAUCUAAACGGCGAUUAUGCUUUGCUCUAAAAAAGGCUUUAUACUGAUUAUGUGCUUGGGGUAAGGAUUUGUUUGGAUGUACAAACAAAUGAACCUUCCUUUUUUCCGACGCUAGAAUAGAAAGAUUGAUUCUUUGCCCCGUAAAAAGCAUUUCAGUUCCACUUUUAUAUCACCCCUUCUCUUAACAUCAUCACAACCUACCUAUCAUGAAUAACCUUUCUGCAACAAACAGUAUAGAUCAAAGGUCUCGUAGAAGGACUAGUGUCCAAUAUCAUGAAGAUUCUUCGAUAACGAACCAACUCAUCUUGCAAAUGCACGGAAAUGAUCAAAAUUCUACACUCAAGGACGAAAAUCCUGUCACCCCACCUCCUCAUUAUACCGCAAAAUGUCCAGAUGUCCAAGAUUCAGCAGAAGAAGAAGAAGAAGAAGAAGAAGAACGAAUGUGGAUCUCACCCACUGAAUUAGCAUCCCUUAAACAAUUGCCAUAUUUGACAGGUUUACGAGCGAUCGCUAGUAUCAUGAUCCAAGUUGCUCAUAUUGCUCCAGAUCAAGCAAGAUUCGUCUCUUUCUUUGGUUUCAUGGCCUUGACUACGCAUUUCAUACAAGGGGGAUUUCUUAUAACUGCAUCUUUAUUGGCUUUGCAAUCUAGAAAGAGAACCAAAAAAGGAUUUCUAUCCAUUUUCGAGCACGUACCUCAAUUCUUUUACAAUCGUUGGGUGCGCUUAUAUCCUGCAUUAAUUCUCCUUUUGGCCAUCAAUUCGGCUUGGUGGUAUUAUCGUUAUCCCGAUUCACACAAAAUUCUCGCAAAGCUGGUCUUUGGGGUAUUCUUUAAAGUGUCUCAGUUGAAAAAGCUACAGCCACCAGACUAUCCACCCAACCCCUGGGCAAACUGCUGGUUCUUAGAUGUACAAGAGCACUUCUACAUCCUAUGGGCAUUCUUGUUACCUUUUAUUGCCCGUGUACAUCCAAGAAUACGCUUCAUCGUCUUGUCUAUUUUGUUUGGAUAUAGUUUCUAUCGUCGUACCAAGGAGGAGCGGUACAAUGCAACUCUUCCUCUCAAUCUUUGGAAAAUGGUAGCCGGUGCUUCCAUCUUACUCUUACCUUUGCCUCGCAUUGUCGUAAUGCAUUACGCCGAUCGUGCUUCACUCGUUGUUAUACUUGUGAGCCUUGCGUGGGGAUUUUCACCUCGCUUUCAAGACGGUUUCACUGCUGGUCAACAUCGUCUUUAUGGAGAUGUUUUUGCCGUCAUUUUGGUCAUGUGUCUUACUCUAGCUUCGAUAGGAAAAGCAUUGAAGAAAAGCGACCCCAAAGUUACCAAAGUGCAAGAGAUUGAACAAAUGAACGAAGCAAACCAUCAACCUUGGUACAUGACACAAAUGAAAAGACUGAUGCAAUACGAACCACUCUCACUCCUCGAUUCCGACUGUCUCAACUUUAUCGGUCGUGUUUCCUAUUCAUGGUAUCUUUGGCAAGUGCCAAUCAUGCAACUAGAAUAUAAAUUUUGUGUUGGUUGGGCAGGUUUCGGACCAACUUCUGAAGCUUUUAUAAUUGCACUUAUCAGUACAUUCCUCAUCGAAGAGCCGAUCAAAAAUAUUUACGUUGGAUAUAUGAAACGUAAAAGACAAGCAGCAAUUAUGGAAAAGAAGCUUUCCCCUGCCGAUGUAGGAAAUACUCGGGGAGAUCCUUUUAUUGCCUUACAAAUGCCUCUCGCUGCCGAUAAAAAUCAUCAUAAGGAAUAA